AGUGGACAGAAAGAAUUUUUCACACGGAAAUUGAAUGAAAAAAUAUAUGUCGUAAAUCAGUGCGAUAAUUCGUUCAAGUGAGCUUCAAGUGUUCAAGAAAAUGCAAAAAUUAUUAUUUUUUUUAGAUUAACGCGUAAAAAUUAAAUUUAUUCACACAAAAUAUGAAACAGUCCAAAAUGGUGGCCAUUGGCUUAGUUUUUUUCCUUUUUUGGUUAAAAUUACUAAAAUGUGGCGUUAACAGUUCAAUGGAAGGUGAAAUGAUGAGCAUUUGGGCUGAAAAGUUCGGCGAUGAGCUAUGGGAUUUGGCAGAAAAAAUGACCAAAGCACAAGAGAUUCAAAAGAAAUAUAAGCAAUUGAACGCUCGUGUCGAAAAGAAAGACGGUGAACAGUUACUUGCUGAUAUUGCUGAAAACGUUGGACGUAUGUUGCAGCGAAAAAUGGACUCGAUUAGGUGUGUAGUGCAAGAAGCGGAGAACCUUGCUGAACAAUUUGAAGCCAACGAGACAUUUUCGGAAAAUUUCAGCUAUUACUCCAGCAAAUAUUCGCCAAUACACGAUAUCGAUGAGACACCAGAUUUGCCAGAUGGCGUAUCUCAGAACAAUAAAACUUAUAAAACUAUGUACUUCUAUCAGGACACUCACUUUUUCAAUAAAUCCGUGAACACGUCACAUAGCUCAGUGCAAGUACCAUCUAAUGUCUACGACCGUGGAUUCAAAACGCUUAGUGCCAUUCAAUGGUCAGAGCAGCUUGACCAAAUCUUUAUACAAAAUUACAAUUCAGAUCCAGCGUUAUCAUGGCAAUAUUUCGGAUCAGAUACGGGAUUCCUCAGGCAUUAUCCAGCUAUGUCUUGGAAAAGGGGUCCAAAAGAGGUCGACAUUUACGAUUGUCGAAAGAGGUCAUGGUAUAUUGAGACCGCUACAUGCUCCAAAGAUGUUGUUAUUUUACUGGAUAAUUCUGGAAGCAUGACUGGCUAUCGUAAUUACAUUGCUCAGUUAACGAUUAAAAAUCUUCUCGAUACUUUUUCAAACAAUGAUUUUGUUAAUAUAUUCAAUUUUUCAUCGGAAGUUAGCCAAAUUGUGCCGUGCUUUGGGGAAAAACUAGUGCAGGCAACACCUGAAAACAUCAAAGUUUUUAAUGAGGCAGUGCGAGAAAUUGAUCCAGAAGGACAUGCCAAUGUAGGAAAAGCUCUUACAUUCGCUUUUGAACUCUUAGCCAAAUACCGUAAAAUUCGAAACUGCCACGCUCAAGGAUGCAAUCAAGCUAUUAUGUUAAUCACGGAUGGCAUCCCCUCGAACAUGACUCAAAUUUUUGAUGAAUACAACAAUUUCGAAAAUGGAACCCGAAAGCCUGUACGAAUGUUUACAUAUUUGCUGGGAAAAGAAGUGACAAAAGUAAGAGAAAUACAGUGGAUGGCAUGUCUUAAUCGAGGCUUUUAUUCUCAUAUUCAAUCUUUGGACCAAGUAUCGGAAGAAGUUUUGAAGUACGUUAGUGUAAUUGCGAUGCCCUUAGUCUUGCAGCAAGAAAAACAUCCGCCUACUUGGACACAUGCUUUCUUAGAUCCUAAUUGGAGUCCGGAUGACGACUCAUCGACGCAAGAUCCGCCGCGAUUGAUGAUUGCUGUUGGUGCUCCUGCUUUUGAUCGGAAGCUCAUGAAUGAUAACGACACAAAGGCCGCCAGAUUACUUGGUGUUGCUGGCACAGAUAUUGCUGUAGAGGACUUAGAUCGUCUAACGUUGCCCUACAAGUUAGGAGUAAAUGCAUAUUCGUUUAUCAUCAGCAACAAUGGCUACGUACUUUUACAUCCAGAAUUGAAGCCUGUUUACAAAGAGCAUUUGAAGGAAAAUUACAAUAGCAUUGAUUUAGUUGAAAUCGAACAAUAUAAUGACGAUAACCACACAGCUCGCAAUCCUCAUCCAAAUAUUUUGAAUUUGCGACAAAGAAUGAUUGACUUUGAAACCGGAAAGCUUUUGAACGUACCAGUACGUUUUCAUUACGAUAAUAUGCGUCGAAUAUCACAGGAACGUCAAGAUUAUUACUUUGCACCGUUACCAAAUACGCCAUUCUCCCUGGCAAUUGCUUUGCCUUCCGAUUACGGAAGUACUUGGAUAAAAGUUGGUGAUGAAGUUAAGAGGAAUCAACACAUGGGCAUCAAUGUGUCAGACUUUUUUGUGGGAGAAAAUUGGAAAAUACAUCCAGAUUGGGUUUAUUGCAAGUAUCAUUAUUUGGAGGGACAUGAAUUCAAAACACCCGAAGAUGAAUUAAGGCACUUCUUAACUAAAUUAGGUGACCCAAACUGGUACUGGGCCGAUCAAUAUGCCGUUGAUCCUGAUGAUAACGACGAAUUUGAUUCAACUCCUAAUUGUGGACGCUCAACACUGGACGAAAACUCUUAUUACUGUAACAAGGAACUCGUUCAACUACUAGUUUUCGAUGCUAAGGUUACAAACGACAGUUAUCAGACUUGGAAGUUUUCUAGUAAAGAAGAGCAAUCAUUGAUUGAACGAUACAACGCUAGCUUGCGUUUCGUAGCUACUAUGAGCGGUCUAACUAGGUGGCAAUUCAUCUUUGGCGAAGUUGAGGUCGAAAAUGAUCGCGAAUUCGGUGAUUAUCACACAAAAGCGAUAGAUGAGACGUGGUAUCGCGCAGCCGUAUUACAGCACAAACUCGAUCCUCAAAGUUUCUUUUAUUCAGUACAACAUUCGGAAGACGAAAAAGAAGAAGGGGGCUUGAAAGUUACGGCCUCGAUGGCCAUAUUUCCCAGGGAUGGUGGCUUAGAAGCACCAGGCUGUGUAGUUGGUUUCCAAUUCUCGCAGCCAACAAUGUACGAACGAUUUUUAGAAAUUACAUCCAAGACAAAUUGCGACAACUGCGUUCGAACCUGUGACGACGAAGAAGUCGACUGCUAUGUUAUAGAUAAUAAUGGUUACAUCAUUCUGGCAGACAACGACACAAGCAUUGGAGCUUUUUUGGGUGAAAUCGAGGGAGAAAUUAUUCGGCACAUGGUUGAAGAAGGUAUUUUUAAAAAGAUUGAGACCUACGAUUUGCAGGCGUUGUGUGUGGAAAUGCGAGUUGUCUCUAACGAUGGUCCUCUUAUGAUAACGCCAUUUAGACUUUUUACCGCCGCAAUGCAAUUGAUUUUAGGAGAGAUUAUGCACUUUUUAGCCAGAUUGCAAUUGUUUAUCGAAGGUGUUCCUUAUGAAGAUUUAAUAAACAAUUUUGAUAAUGAUGAUGAAAUGGAUUAUAAUAGUCUGGGAAAUGGUGCAAUUGACAAAAAGCCAAAGAAAGAUGAACCAUAUGAUGAAGAAGCCUUCUUCAAAACCAAAAAGCCACUUAAAUAUGAGCCAGUAUAUCAUGCUUGCGACAAUGCCUCCACACUUUAUAUAUUGCAGCAAAACAAUCCGAAACUAGGAAAAGGCAACAAUUAUUAUCACAAAACUUCGACUGAGGGAUCAAAGCCAUACUUCAUGAAACGUAUCCCAAGAUCAAACUUGCUUCUUGUCGUUGUCAAUUCUUCGUACCCAGCUGACGAUCCUUAUUACAAAGAAACAACAGAACCAGUUACCAUAAUAUAUGAUACACCAUUUCCGUGCCACAAAUUAAAUCUGAAUGAUUUGCCUAGACGACGUCUUGAAGAGUGUUUUACGGAACAUCCAGACGAAGAAGAAUUCGCACGUUGCGGCAAGGGAACCAAAAUAGAGUCAAUUCAAAUAGUAAAAAUGAUAGGGCUUGUCUUAGCACUCUACUUAGGAGUUACUCAUCAACUCCUUUGAUGUAUUUUACACAAAAAAGACUAAUUUAAUCUCACAAAACGCACUUAUUUUCAUUAGUUUCUCAGUGAUUAUUGUUACAUAGUUUAAAAGUGACACUUUUUGUAAAUCCCACUCGAACUUGUUCCUUAUACAUUUUCAAUGUCGAAUAGACUUAAAUUAAAAUAAAGA